UCGGCGAGGAUGAAGGCGGUUCUGUGUUUGGUGCUAGGGCUGGCCGCCCUGGCCGCGGCACGACCUGAUGUGGAUACCACGUUACUUGGUAAAGUUGACACAAUGGAUAUAAAAGAAAAGCAAUUUUUCAUCUUGAAGCUUUUGAACAAUAUCAUGGGUCCAGUCAUGUACAAAGAGAUCGAAGACAUUGGCAAAAACUUUAAAAUUGAAGAUAAUGUGGAAUUAUACACAAAGCAGGUUGUGGUUAAAACUUUCCUUGAGAAUUGGAAGUUUGGUUUCCUUCCCCGCGGAGAGGUAUUCACAUUACACGUUGACCGUCAACUGAAGGAGGUCAUUACGAUGUUCCACAUGUUGUACUACGCUAAGGACUUCGCCACAUUCAUUAAGACUGCUUGUUGGAUGCGUCUUUACUUGAACGAGGGCAUGUUUGUGUAUGCCCUUACUGUAGCUGUCAGACAUCGUGAUGACUGCAAAGGCAUCAUCCUUCCUCCGCCUUAUGAAAUCUAUCCUUACUUUUUCGUCCGAGCCGAUGUCAUUCAAAAAGCGUACUUACUCAAGAUGAAGAGAGGCCUUCUCGACACCCACUUAACUGACUUCUACGGUAUCAAAAAAACUGACAAGGAUAUCUACAUAAUUGAUGAAAAUGUUUACGACCGCCGCGUUUGGUUAAAUGACGAAGAUAAACUCAGAUACUUCACAGAAGAUAUUGGCCUUAAUACCUACUACUAUUAUUUCCACGUAGACUACCCAUUCUGGAUGAAAAAUGACGUGACCAACAAGUUUAUGAUCAGGCGUUGGGAACUUACCUUCUACACCUACCAACAGAUUCUUGCAAGGUACUAUCUCGAGCGCCUUUCCAAUGGUCUCGGCGAAAUCGACUAUCUGUCAUGGCAUAAGCCUAUUCGUAAAGGUUACUGGCCGUGGAUGAUCCUUCACAACGGAGUUCAACUGCCUGUGAGGUUCAACAACCAAGUAUUUGUCAGUGACAAAGAUAUUGCUGUUGCUAAAUUAGUUGCAGAUUAUGAGAGAAUUAUUAGUGAAGCCAUUAUCAAGGGAUACAUAGAGAUUAAUGGUGUUAGAAUCGACUUGACUAAGUCUGCAGAUAUCGAAGCCCUCGGAAAACUUGUGUAUGGAACUAUUGAAAAGACUGAUAUGACUAAACUACAAGUAGACGCUUACCGCUACCUUCUAAUAAUGAUGAAAGCUGUUGUUGGUCUCAAUACCUGGAAUUCUGACAAAUACUUCGUUGUACCUUCGGUAUUAGACCACUACCAAACUGCUCUCCGUGACCCAGUAUUCUACCAACUGCAAAAACGUAUAGUCUAUUUCAUGAGGCUCUUUAAAAACCGUCUUCCAAGCUACACUCGUGAAGAUGUCUACUUCCCUGGAGUAAAAAUUGACAACGUUGUAGUUGACAAGCUUGUUACAUACUUCGAUGAUUACUUCAUGGAUAUGACCAAUGCAGUUACCUACACCGACGAUGAGCUCAAGAAGACUACAUCUGACAUGAUAUUCUAUGUACGCAAACGCCGUCUGAAUCAUCAGCCUUUCAAAGUCACCUUAGAUAUCUUGUCUGACAAAACAGUCGACUCUGUUGUGCGAGUGUUUUUGGGACCGAAAGAAGAUCAUAUGGGCCGCUUGAUUGAUAUUAACCAAAACAGGUGGAACUUCGUGGAGUUAGAUUCGUUCCUCUACAAACUUACCGCUGGAAAGAACACCAUUGUCAGAAACUCCAUCGAUAUGCACAAUCUUGUACGCGAUCGCACAAUGACUCGUGACCUAUGGAAGAAGAUUGAUGGUAUAACCGACAUGAGGGAUCUGUUAAGGAAAGACCUCAGAAACUACCACACCGGUUUCCCAACUAGGCUGCUUCUACCUAAGGGUCGUAUUGGAGGAAUGAGGAUGAUGCUCUAUGUCAUAAUCACCCCGUUGAGGAUGGUUGACAACGUUGACACUUCAAUACUCGACAUAAACCGUAAAGAUCUCUUCGUAGACUUCAGGUCCACUGUGUUACUUGAUAAGAUGCCUCUUGGAUUCCCACUCGAUCGCCAUAUUGACACAUCCAAAUUCUUCACGCCCAACAUGAGAUUUGUUGACGUUAUAAUCUUCCACAAGCCACAGGUCAGCGAUAUGUGGACUCGCUGGAACCGUUACGUUCUUAAAAGCUACGACUUACUUGACAAGACCCCCGUAGUUAACGACAGCUACUUUACUGACGUAGAUGUUAACACCAAAGUAGAUAGAGACGUCAAUAUCUUCGAUGUGUCAGUGCGGUCAGGAAUGCUAAGUAUAAAUUUGGCUGAGAACGAACAAGGCGUCACAGUUAGGAUCGAACUGUGGGCGAUGAAGACGGUACUAUGUGUGGUGUUAGGGCUCGCGGCCAUGGCCGCAGCCCAUGCGGUGUACGACGACCACACCUUCGUCAAUAUGGAUGUAAAGCAACGCCAAAUAUGGAUACUGAAGCUGCUUAAUCACGUCACGGAACCAGUCGUCUACAAGGAUAUAGAAGACAUUGGCAAAAACUUCAAGAUUGAAGAAAAUGUUGAGCUCUAUACGAAACAAGAGGUUGUCAAAGUAUUCCUAAACAACUGGAAGUUUGGAUUUUUGCCGCGCGGAGAAGUAUUUACCCUCAACAUUGAUCGUCAACUGAAGGAGGUCAUCACGAUGUUCCAUAUGCUGUACUACGCGAAGGACUUCACCACAUUCAUGAAGACUGCAUGCUGGAUGCGUCUGUACCUUAACGAGGGUAUGUUUGUGUAUGCCCUCACCGUGGCGGUCAGACAUCGCGAAGAUUGCAAAGGCAUUAUCCUACCACCUCCUUACGAAAUCUAUCCUUACUACUUCGUUCGCUCUGAUGUGAUACAAAAGGCUUACCUGCUGAAGAUGAAGAAGGGUCUUAUUGAUCACAAGCUUUGCGAUUUAUAUGGUAUCAAGAAAACUGAAAAGGAUGUCUACAUUAUCGACGAAAAUGUUUAUGACCGUCGUCACUACCUGAACGAUGAAGACAGGCUGAGAUAUUUUACUGAAGAUAUCGACCUUAGCACUUACUACUACUACUUCCACGUCGACUAUCCUUUCUGGAUGAAGGACGAUAUGACUCCCAAGUUUAUGCACAGACGCUGGGAGCUCACUCUAUACGUGUACCAACAAAUACUCGCCAGGUAUUACUUGGAACGUCUGUCUAAUGGAUUAGGUGAUAUUACAACAUUCUCAGUGCUUAAACCAAUCAGAAAGGGAUACUGGCCCUGGAUGAUGCUACACAAUGGUGUACAAUUACCUGUAAGAUUAAAUAACUAUAUGUUCAAUGAAGACAAAAACACUGCCGUUAUGAAAGUUGCUGUAGAGUAUGAAAGGAUUAUCCAUGAAGCUGUCGUCAAAGGAUAUAUUGAAAUUAAUGGCCUGAGAUUAGAACUUACCAAAACCGAAGAUAUAGAGAUGCUUGGAAAACUUAUUUAUGGUACCGUUGACAAGAUUAACGUUAACAGACCCAAAUGGGAAGCCUACCGCUACAUGCUUAUAUUAAUGAAAGCUUUCGUUGGUCUUAACUACUUCAACAAUGACAAGUACUUCGUUAUGCCUUCUGUGCUCGAUAGCUAUCAGACAGCCCUACGUGAUCCAGUAUUCUACCAGCUACAAAAACGUUUCUAUAAUAUCGUGAAGCUCUUCAAGAUGCGACUUCCAAGCUACACUCAUGAAGAUCUCUUCUUCCCUGGUGUCAAGAUUGAUAAUGUUGUAGUUGAUAAACUCGUAACUUACUUCGAUGACUACUUUAUGGAUAUGACCAAUGCUGUCACGCUCAACUCAGAUGAAUUCAAAAAGUCGAGAUCUGAUAUGAUCUUCUACGUACGUAAACGCCGGCUCAAUCAUCAACCAUUCAAAGUAGUCUUUGAUGUUCAAUCGGACAAGGCCGUCGACAGUGUCGUCAGAAUAUUCUUGGGACCGAAGGUGGAUUGCCUGGGUCGUUUAAUAGAUCUCAACCAGAACCGCGUGAACUUCGUAGAGUUGGAUUCCUUCCUUUACAAACUUAACACUGGAAAGAACACCAUAACCAGAAACUCUUAUGACAUGCACAAUCUCGUCCGUGACCGCAUCAUGACACGUGAUCUGUGGAAGAAGAUUGACACCAUCACCGAUGUGAAGGAUCUGUUAAUCAAGGAUCUCAGGAAUUACCACACUGGAUUCCCUACAAGGCUGCUGCUACCGAAAGGUCACGUCGGUGGUAUGAAGAUGAUGCUCUACAUAAUAGUCACACCAUUGAGACUGGUUGAUGGAGUUGACACCGGAAUCUUGGACACGAACCGCAAAGAUCUCUUUGUUGACUUUAGGUCAACUGUUCUCCUCGACAAAAUGCCUCUUGGUUUCCCAUUCGACCGUCAUAUUGACCUCACCAAAUUCUUCACACCCAACAUGAAGUUCUUAGAUGUAUUCAUUUAUCACAAAAAACAAAUUUGUGAUAUGAAGGCCCGUUGGAACCGAUACGUACUCAAGAACUACGACAUGGUCGACAGGACUACCUUCAUUGAUAAUUACGACGUAGAUGUAGACUUCGACACUAUGGUUGGCGAAAAAGUCAAAGACUUUUACUGAAUUAAACACAUAAAUUAUGUGAAUUAAAAGGCAAAGACUAUGAAUAUUAAAAGUAAAUAAAAUAUUAUAUGAUUUA